UAAAAAGAAGAUGUGAUAUAUAAACUAAUAAACACAGUCCGUUUUGGUCUCGAUACUUUCAGCGUCACUCUAUCGCUGCUGUGAAGUCCAACCAUGGAAGCAACGCGAUUCUCUCUCUAUCACUUCCAUCCUCACAACUUCCGUCCCAAACCCACCGCACUUCUCUCAGGAAGAAGACACGCAGAAACUAGGGUUUCACUUUUCACAAGAAAUUCACAUUCGCUUAACCGGAGAAUUUCCGUUAACUUCUCUGACCGACUCCGAAGUGAUUAUAUCCGUUCUGAGACGCCGCUUUUGAGUGAAGAAGGUGUUCCGGAGAGUACUCGCAGUGAUGAUGUUGAAACAAUUGUUGGUUCUUCUGGCGGUGAUAACUCGUUAAUAACCUUAGAGUUGAAACCUAGAGCGUUUAAAAAUAGGUUUCUGAACUUUGUGCGUUUUGGUUCUGUUAUUAAUGGUGCUGCUGAGGCGUUUUUUAAGAGCGAGAUUCGGAGGAGGUUGUUUGUUACUGCUGUGUUGAUUGUGAUUAGUCGUGUUGGUUAUUUUAUUCCUCUUCCUGGAUUUGACAGAAGGUUGAUACCAAAGGAUUAUAUGAGCUUUGUCUCUGGUUCAUCUGUUGAUGAACUUGGUGACUUCUCCUCUGAGCUCAAGCUGUCUCUUUUCCAACUUGGAAUCAGUCCUCAAAUAAUAGCAUCCAUUAUUAUGCAGGUAUUCUGUCAUGUUGUUCCUUCUCUAGUAAAGUUGCGGAAAGAAGGUUUGGAUGGGAAUGAGAAGAUUAAGAGUUAUAUUUGGUGGCUGUCGCUGGGCUUUGCAAUUGUGGAAGCUCUAAUAGUUUCUUGCUACUCACUUCCAUACUCAAUUUACGCCGCUAGUUAUAGGUUUAAACAUGUAAUGCUGACAACUUUUUUUUUGGUUUGUGGUGCAAUGACUAUUACAUGGAUAUGUGAUACCAUAUCAGAAUCUGGAUUUGGUCAAGGUUCAUCUCUUAUUAUAUGUGUUGGAAUACUGAUUGGGUAUAUGGAGACAUUACACAAAAUGCUUACCCAGCUUUCAGCGAGUGCUGUUAGUUGGUGGCCGUAUGUGCUUGCAGUAUUGGGCCUCUUCACAAUAGUCACUAUGUGGGCAGUUGUAGUUACUGAAGGUUGCAGGAAAGUAAAGCUUCAGUACUAUGGUUUUAAACUUGCUUCUGCUGCAAGGGAGCAAUCGCCUAUAACGGAAGUGGAACCCUAUAUUCCUUUCAAUAUUAAUCCAGCAGGGAUGCAACCUGUUCUUACCACCUCUUACCUCUUGGCCUUUCCAAGCAUUGUCGCUAGUUUGCUUCAGUCACCUUUUUGGGAGCGUGUGAAGGAAAUGUUGAAUCCCGACUCUUCUGUUGGCGCUGAACCGUGGGUCUACUAUUCCAUAUAUGCAUUCUUUGUCUUCCUUUUCAAUAUAUUUGACAUUGCUAACUUGCCAAAGGAAAUUGCUGAUUACUUGAAUAAGAUGGGUGCAAGGAUACCUAAUGUUAAGCCUGGGAAGGCUACGAUAGAAUACCUCUCAAAGGUUCAGGCAUCCACACGAUUUUGGGGGGGCCUACUGUUAAGUGUUUUGGCUACUACUUCAAGUGUUCUCGAUCACUAUUUACGGCGUAGAAAUGCUGGUUUUGCUAUUGGUUUUACAUCAAUUCUAAUUAUUGUUGGUUCCAUUAUUGAACUUAGAAGAUCGUAUCAAGCAUAUAACGUGAUGCCAGGAUUAAGCAAUGCUUUGAAGCGUUAUGGUGUAUAAACUUCUGAAAAGCCAUGAUGCCAUUCAUGCUUUCAUCAGCAUCAGUAAGUAGUAACAAAUAUCCGUCUACAGAUUUUCCAAUGUAAUUGAUCAGGGCUGCCUAAUAUUUCCAAGAAACUUAUUUUUUGUUUGUUGGAGAAUUAAGUCUGGUUUGUGGGUAUUGGAGUAUUGAGGUCCGUUAGCAUAGCUAUUAAUGUAUGAUGUGCUAAAUGCUACCUGUGAGUGCGUGCAAGUUAUUGAUUCAGAAGUCUCAUUUUCUGAUUUCUUUACGGAAGGAAAUUAUUUUGAUGAUUUUAGGGGAAGUAUUUAGUUAGGUUAUAGUUGUAGCCGCAGCUAAUAUUUGUACAUGAAAUUUUGUUAUAGACGUGUAAUGUAAAAACAAGGUAAUAUAGGAGGUUAAACA